UUCCGUGCAGGUUUCGGUCGAUUAUUGCGUUGUUCGAAGUGCAGCAAUUUCUGCCAAGUGCAGAAUUUUGAGUUCUCGAGAGCAAUCCCCGAGGGGCCCACCACUGGUAAAUCGAUAGAGAAAGAAGCAGCUCAUAGCGAAAGCGGGCAAUAGGCCUUACAUCGGUAGAAGCAGAAAGGAUAAGAGAAAAAAGCCACGGCAAAAGGCAGUUGUAGUGAAGCAAACAAAUCCAGUGUGUCGCCAACGACGUGGAGCAUAUAAAAAAAAAUAAAGUGCCGCUGCAGAGAAAACCCCCCUUUUACGUUCUGUUUCAUCCCUCCAACUACGAAUCAAGCGCCCCCCCCCCUCUCUUAAAAGGGAAGGGCUCCUUGUGUGUCGGCAUUGAUUACUAGCGAAGAGAAGAAAAUACGACAGUGGUGUGAGUGUGCGGUGGAGCACGUUUAUUGUUGCAAGCAAGUCGCCACCGGUGGUGGUGGAAAGAGGAAAAGGUUCGCAUUCCGUCAAGUUUCGAUUGUCCGGAGAAGCAUCCCCGAAGCAGGCUCAAAGUUACAAACAGUAAAGCAGCGGACGGAGACAACUUAAUUCCAAUCCCAACACGAUGGCACGGCCGGGCGGCCCGGAUGUAAAUUGGGGUUCCGUUGCCUGGUUGGGCGCCUAAAAGUAGGCUGAGAAAUUUCGAGCAACGCCAGCAGAAGGAUUGUCUUGCCAGGAGAUUACAUUUCUGCCUGUACCGCAAAAAGCAGUUUAAAUCCACCCAGGAUACCAGCAUAAUCGAGGACAUUCGUUACCAUAAUCUGCAAAACGACUAAAAAAACUCAACAAAAGAAGUCAAGUCGGGCGUUUCGGAACGAGAGACAUAAAGCAUUCAUUGCAGCUCUCAUCCCUCGAGGGUGUUCCUGGAAUCCAUCGGAUUGUGCGACCCCGCCUCCGGCCAGCUUGGGAUUUUCGUAUAUUGUCUUGGUUCGGGCGCGUCAAGCGGCCACUAUGGAUGAGGAACUGGAGAGAAAGCUAUGAGUAGUAGUGGGCCUUUGAGGCCCCACUUCACCUUAAACGAAAAAUAGCAGCACCCAAGAAAGGCAUCAGUAGCAGCAGCAGCAGCAACAGAAGCGGAAGCAGCAGUAGAAGUAGGAGAGCAAGCAGACGGUGGAUUGAGCCCCAAAAGCCGACGAAAGUGUCUGCCGUACGAUGGCAUUAGGGGAUCCGAAGGCACUAGUAGCAGCACCACCACCAGCAGCAGCAGGAGGCUCCCAUCGGCGGACAAUCAGCAGUAGAUUGAUUACAAGCAACCGUCGUAGUCAUAGGACGUACCUGGACAAGCAUUUCAAGGACAAGACCAGCAGCAGCACCACGAUGAGUUCCUCCAGGAGGCCUUCCUGCUGCUCCGGGAGGGUUCGUUCCAUCCGGAAAAAUGGGAAAGAUAGCAGUGGGAGCAGCAGCAGCAGCCGGAGAUCAUUGCCGGCAUUUAAGCUGGGCAACUUUCAUUUUCUACUCGCGGUAGUGUUACUGGUUGUUCUCGGAGGCUACUGGGUAGGAGCCCAGGAAACCGACAGCUCGGAAGCCAACGGGGAAGCCCAUGGGACGACAAUGAGCACGACCACGACGACGGAGUCUUUCAACCCGGAAAAGCGAGGGAGCCUCAAGUUCGGUGAUAAAUGCGAAAACACCACCGAGUGUGGCUUCGCCGGAUCCGUCUGUGACCCGUCGACGCGCACCUGCCAGUGUAUUCCGGAUCUACCGGCCACGAACCACAUCGACAAGUGCGGUAAAAAGGCCCAGGUGAACGAGAGUUGCUUCUUUACCGAGCAAUGCGAGCAAAUGACGGAACAAACGGAAUGCCGGGACCAAAGGUGCAUCUGCCGGUUCGAGAUGAAUCCGAUCUUCAAGCCGGACGGAACGGUCGAAUGUCGAGUGAGCGGCAUCGAAGGGCCCAGGGAACUGAUGGAAAAUGGCGACGGCAAUCAAACUUUUACGAACACCAACAUCGCCCGGCCAGCGAAAGUGGUCACGUCUCGUUGCCGCAAUUAUGUGCCAUGA